CUAUCAGCUUAUCACCACACACAGACACAGAAGGAAAUGUCGGCUUCUGCGGCGCCCACGCACAUCCGCUUCUCCUCCGCCGCACCUCCAUCGGCCGCCGCUCUCCGGCGGCCUCGCCGCCGGUGCGCCACGCCCGUCCGAUGCUCCCUCGCCGCAGCGCCGGGUCUCCGGGCGCCGCCUGAGCUCAUCGACUCCAUCCUCUCCAAGGUGAAGGGAACUGACCGUGGAGUUUUGCUGCCCAAAGAUGGGCAUCAGGAAGUUGCUGAUGUCGCACUACAGCUUGCCAAGUACUGCAUAGACGAUCCUGUCAAGUCUCCACUAAUAUUUGGAGAGUGGGAGGUUGUGUACUGCUCAGUACCGACAUCACCGGGAGGGCUCUACCGGACUCCUCUCGGCCGCCUGAUAUUCAAAACCGAUGAGAUGGCUCAGGUGGUGCAAGCGCCUGAUGUUGUAAAAAACAAGGUGUCCUUCUCUGUCUUUGGUUUCGAUGGUGCGGUAUCUCUGAAAGGCAAGCUGAAUGUGCUGGAUGGUAAGUGGAUUCAGGUCAUAUUCGAGCCACCAGAAGUGAAGGUAGGCUCCCUGGGGUUUCAGUAUGGUGGCGAGAGCGAAGUUAAGCUGGAGAUCACCUAUGUCGACGAGAAGAUCAGGCUGGGAAAAGGAUCAAGAGGCUCGCUCUUCGUCUUCAUGAGACGAUGAUAUGAGGGCAGCAGGCAAUGUUUGUACCAUCAUGUCCUUUGAGACCACAAGAGGGUAGCACCAUAGCACUGAUGCUACGACAAUAUGUUUGUGUGUACAAUACUGUAUUCUGUUGUAAAAUUCAGAGGUCAUGUUGGCUAGUAGUGUUCUUCAGACCUCCGAAUUAGAGAUUGUAUUGUCAUUUCCAAUCAAAAUGACAAAAUGUUUGUAGUUUUUGUGAUUAAUGUGAUGGUUAAAUUGUCCAGACUAAUGAGCAUGGUUAUGGAUUUUUGGUGAA